AUGGACGAAGUUCAAGAUCAAGAAGAUGAAGUCAUUAAUCCUGAUAUUGAGGUAUUUAUUUCUUACUUUGAAAACCUCAAUAUAGAUUCUGAAUUUGACAUUUAUCAGGAGUACACAAGUGAAAAUUAUGGAAACAUAGAUGAGGAAAUAGUAGCACAACCAAACCUAACAACAAACUUCAACACAACAAUCAUAGGUCACAAGAGGGAAUUGUCAACACAGACUAGAAAGUUAAUUGUACAACAAUUAAGUUGUUUGGCUAAAGAACUAGAUAGACGUUUGCCAUGGGGUACAAUCAAAACAAUUGCAUUGCAACAUAACACAUCUAGGUGGACAGUAGCAAGGCUUUGGGAAUCAGCCAAAACAACAAUGCAAAAUGGCAUUGUAGUUGAUGUUAAUAGUAGAAAAAAGGGAAGAGUUGGUAGGAAACCAAGAGUCUUUGACAUGACUCUGCUUAAUGUUGUUCCAAUUGAAAAGAAGACCACAAUUAGAGCAAUGGAAAGGGGCAUUGGGCAUUCACAAGUAUAUAGAAUAAUGAAGUCUGGUAAUAUUAGAGCACAUACAAAUUCAAUUAAACCAAAACUUUCUCAUGACCACAAAAUAAGAAGACUCAACUUUAUUCUAUCCCAAAUAAUACCACCUACUAUAGACAACCCACCAAAGCUCAGUUUGAUGUAUAAUGUUGUACACAUCGAUGAAAAAUGGUUCUACAUGAGUAGGGAAACACAAAGGUACUAUUUAUUCCCUUGGGAAGAGGAAGAACCAUACAUGUGUGUGAACAAUAAAAAUUUCAUAGGUAAAGUAAUGUUUAUAGCAGCUAUUGCAAGACCUCAAAUUAGUACUAAUGGAGAAGUGUUGUGGGAUGAGAAAAUAGGAAUUUUUCCAUUCACAGAGACUUAUUAUGCAGUAAGAAGGUCAGAAAACAGACUAGUAGGUACACCACAGCUAAGAGUAAUACCAAAAGUUACACGAGAUGUCAUUCGAGAUAAACUAAUCAAUGAAGUUCUAUUAGUAAUCAGAUUGAAAUGGCCAGCAAAUGGAGUCAAAGAUAUUUGGAUUCAACAAGAUAAUGCCAAGCCACAUAUUUUAACAAAUGAUCAAGCAUUCAAUGAAGAAGCAAACAAAGAUAGAUUUAACAUAAGACUAGUUUGUCAACCAGCAUUCAGUCCAGAUAUGAACAUCUUAGAUUUGGGUUUGUUUAGUGCACUACAAUCAAUUCAAUUCAAGUCAUUCCCAAAAGACCUCAAAGAUUUGAUCAAAGCGGUCAAUGAUGCAUAUGACACUUUUGAACCAAAACUUUUGAACUACACGUGGAUACAAUAUCAACUAUGCAUAGAGGUGUUGAAAGCUAAAGGUAGUAAUAAUUACAAGAAUCUACACAUUAGAAAACAAAGAUUGGACAGGUUGGAUAUGUUGCCAAGACAAUUAGAAUUUCCUCCAGAACUUAUAGAUGUAGCACUUCAAUUUUUAUCUCAUGGUAUAAUUAAUCUCAAUGAUCUUCCACAAGAAGAUUGA